UACUGUAUAUCUGUAGAGGAAGGAGUGAGGUAUAGUCACGUAUAGCCUCGGUGUAUAGCCUCGGUGUGUGUAGAAUAUUAUUGCCUUGGUGUGUGUAGAAUAUCGGAGAUAAAGAAUGACUGAAAGAAUGGCUGAGGACGAGAUUGUUCCCUUGGUAACCCAAGACAAGACCUCCUCUACGGAUUUGUUUAGGAUUGUUCUGGUGGGUAAGACUGGAGCAGGGAAGAGUGCAACCGGAAACACCAUCCUGGGGAAAAAGGUGUUUGAAGUGAACGCCUCUCUUAGUUCUGUGACAGACAAGUGUUACAAAACAAUUGGAGAGGUUUGUGGGAUGCGGGUGCAUAUUGUUGACACUCCUGGCAUCUUCGACACAGUGAAGACAGAUGAAGAAGUGAAAAAGACAGUAGGGGAGUGUGUCAACCUGUCUGUUCCGGGACCCCACGCAUUCCUGCUGGUGAUCAGGCUGGGGGGGAGGUUCACAGAGGAGGAGAGGAACACCGUGAAGUGGAUCCAGGAGAACUUUGGAGAGGACGCUUCAUUGCACACCCUCUUGCUGUUCACCUGUAAAGAUCAACUGAAUGGGCAAGAAGUAGUCAACGUUCUGAGAAAGUCCAAGGAUAUCCAGAAACUUCUCAACACCUGCGGGGGCAGGUAUCACUCGUUCAAUAACAACGAUACAGACCCUACUCAGGUUACAGAGCUUCUGGAGAAGAUCAAAGUCAUGGUGGAGAACAAUGGAGGAAAUUACUACACCAAUGACAUGUAUGAGAAGGCUCAGAAAAAGAUCAAAGAGGAGGAGGAGAAGAGGAAAGCGGAGGAAGAAAAGCAGAGGCAGGAGCAGGAAAGAAUCAUAGAGCAACGAAUAAGACAGGAGGGAGUAGAGAAGGGGAGGAAAAAGAAGAUGUACUUUGUGAUAUUGCUUGGUGCUAUUCUGUUAUUCAUAGGAGGGGUGAAUAUAGUAGCUACUGUAGGGGGAACCGUGGGAAAUGCUAUUGGAAUAGCAUUCAUUAUUGUAGGAUUAGCAGGUGUCAUAAUAGCAGGUGUCAUAAUAGCUAAGAUUUUCAAGACAGAAAGAAGUGGAGCUGGCACACUUGCCUCAGUGUAAAAUUGGGCCUGUUCCAGACACAUCUGAAACCUGGCACCUAUGAACCUAAUGAGAGCCAGGCGGAGCUGUGCCCUUGCAGCUUUGGCUUUUCCAAAUGUUUUAUUAUAAUGAAUUUCUUUGGUCCACAUACAUUUUUCCAACAACACAAGUAAUCAACUGCAAAAUCAGACAACCCCAUUGUGGAAUAGUUGACCUAUUCAAUUGGUCAACUUGUCGCAUUCUAUGUGAGAAAAUAAUAUUUAUCUUGAGGCGUUUUCAAAUUGAGAGUGGCACAAGGAAAGAAAGUUGCAUGCCCUCGUCGUUGCACAACAUUUAGCUUUGAUGACUACUGUUAAAAAGAGGAGGAUCACAGCUUUCUAGUGCAUCUACAUUUUAUUUCUGAACUCCACAAAAUGUGCGGACUGCACCCUAUUAAAACCGGAGUUUUUAGCAACAGCUGGGAUGAUCUGUUUUAGAGCUCGCCAAUGGCGGUGAAUGCAUAGGGGAGUCCGAUGCUAAAUGUAACUUGAAUGAGUGCCAGUGGAAUGUUUUUUUCUUUUUCGGGGACAUUCAAUUCAUCAAUACAUUGUUAACUAGCAAUAAGAUAAGGUUUAUAGUUUGUGAUCUAGCUAAUGAUAUAGCCACUAUAUCAUCAGCUACAGGUAAAACUUGUUAUUGAUAAACAGCACACCUGCUUGCUAAGAUGAACCAAUAUGUUAUUGGAUCAUUUCUGGAGGGGGUAUUUAUAUUUUAGAUGGUGACAGCAUAAUUGCAUUUUUAUUCAUUUUGGAGUAGAAUCCUUUUGAAAAGUCCCCAGAACAGACCGUCGUUCUACAAAACGUUUUUUUUAGGUCCCUCUGCGACCUUGCCAC